AUGACACGGAUCUUGGCACUUGCACAUGACCCUGCCGUCUCAACACCCAUCUUCGUUGAUCCCAAUUCUCCGAGUGGCAUGUCCUUGUCUGGCAGAUCCGACGGCUGCUUUGCGCAAAUGUCCCAGCUGCAGUCGAAUGAGUCGCCGGUCACCGACGUCUCCCACUACGCAGGACAAUGGAUCGAAACUCGCAAUUUGCAUAAGAACACAUCUAGGCUCGGCUGCUUCGGAACAAGUCGCUCAGCCAAUCCCAGCUCGUCUUUCCAGCAUUGCCGAUGCCGUGUUGUUUACUGCAUGCAUAUCGUUGCCACGACGGAGCUGUCAGCGUGGAUUAUUCAUCGGCAUGAACGCAGCCCGCCAACAUGA